UAAGUUCUUAUUAUAUACCAUGCCCAUGCUAAUUUGAUAUUUUAUCUAAAAAUCAGAAGGUUUUCCUGUCUAAUCAUUUAAUAAUAAAGUGGUGAUUGAUAAGCAUUCUAUUUUAUUAACUUUUCUAAAAUGGUUGAAUUGUAUUAUUGAUCUAAGGUGACUGACGUUUGUUAUAAAUUAAUUUUUAGGUUAUACUUAUAACAGCAUGCAUCGCAUGUCAAUAAAAGUGAUUUCUGUAAGAAAGUAAGAUGGAGGUAGAACGAAGAUUGUACAUAGGAAAUUUGCCAUCUGGUGUAGACGAAAAUUUAAUCAAGAAUAGAUUUUCAAAAUAUGGAAAAGUUCUUGGUGUUGAGUUGAAGCAGAGAAAGACAAAUGAUGGUUCCCAGGAGGAUGAAAUCCUUUCAACAUUUGCAUUUAUUGACAUAUCAGCAAAAAAGGAAAAGCUGGACAGUUGCCUCAAAAAACUGUCAAGAAAAAAAUGGGAUGGACAACUAAUUAAAAUAGAUUUUGCUAAAGAGAGUGUAUUGAGUAGAUUAGAAAGGGAGAGAAAAGAGUUGUCUUCUGCAAAUAAUACAAAAAAUACUACUAAAGAGAUGAACAAAGAUGUAUCUGUAUCUCCAGCUCUUUUGAACGGUAAUAGCAAAUGGUUUGGAAGCUCCGCUCGUAAUUAUAAUGGAGAAAAAUUCGAAGAGGAACAUAAACAAAAAAAUAAAAGGAAACUUGAAAGUGACAACACACAAAUUAAUGAAAAGAUGAAGAAAUAUUCUGAAUCAAAAACGGUGGAAAAUGGCGUGAAUGAUGUGGCUGUGAAAUCGUCCAGUUUUCAAGAGAAUCUCACUCCAGAACAGAGGAGAUUGAAAUCUUUGGAAGAGAAAAUGAAGAUGGUUUCUGAUAGGAAGCUUGCUGUGAAAGCUGCAUUAUCAUCUGUCGAUGCUGGUAACAGGAAAAAUAAGAUCAUCUUCAAAGACGAUGAUGACGAGGAGGAUGAUGAUGAUGAUGAUGAGGGAAAUGAUUUCAACGAACCAGAGAAUAAAACGCACACAACCAACCUUGGAAAAGCACCAGAUAUUCCAGACCCAUCGAACAAGGAACGCCAUAAUUUGUUUGAUGACUCCGGGGAUUCUGAUGAAGAAACAUCAAUUUCAAGGUUCGAAGUAAAAGAGCAUUUCGAUGGUAAAAAAGGCCAAAAGUUGUUGAAGCUGCAGUCGAGGUUCGGAAAUGAUUCAAGAUUUGCUCUCGAUCAACGAUUUGCUGAAAGUAGUAGUAGUGAGGACGAUGACGAUGACGAUGGAGACAAGGAUGAAGGAGAAGAGAAGGAGGAGGAUGGUGAGAGUGAGAGCAAGGCGAAAAGGAAGAAAAGUGACGCUGAAGAAGAGAGCGGUAAGAUGCAUGUGGAUGAUAGGGAUGAUGACGAAGUCAAGAGGCAGUUGGAAAUUCUGCAGAACGUUGUUGGUCACCAAAUCAUCAGACCACCACCGGCAGACGACGCAAAACCCAAAAAACAAAAACCUGGAGCUGAUAAGAAGCGGAAUCAACUGUGUGUUAGAUUCGAUCCAACAAUGGCCGAACAUGAAAAGUUCAUCGUCAAGCCUCCACCGCCUGGAUCAGAAGAAGAAACUAAAGUUAGUAAGAAGAAGAAAAAGAAUAAGAAUGCGGAAGAAAGUGAUGAAAAGGAGCCUGAAGUAGAUAAAUCGGAGGCCGAAUCCAGCACAGCGGUCAAUAGUGUUGAAGUCUCCAAAGAAACCUAUUACGAAGUCGCCAGUGAUUUGAAAGAGAGACUCAAGUCCAGUGGAACUGGUUUCAGUUUGAGCCAACUAUUUAGCUCAGAUGCCAAAAGUAAAAACGAUAUUGAGGAUGAUGAUUGGGUUCAAUCCAGAGAUAAAUCUAAGGAGGGAGCUUCCAUCAGCAAUAAGCAAUCAGUUGGUGCUCAGGAGAACAACGAUAGAGUUAGCGAAAAAACGACCUCACAAAAUAAAACAAGCGGUUUGUCCAAACUAUGGAAGGAGUCAUUUUUCUUCAAGGACAACGAUGAUAGACUCAAAGAAGGAGCCGAUUUCUUCAUGCGAAAUCGUGGUCAGGAUGCCAGUAAAAACUUCAGCGAUAGAAGGCAGGAGCUGAAGCUCAUAGUCAAAAGUAAAAUGAAAAGGAGUAUGAGAAAAGAUAGAAUGUUCAAGAAGAAAAUUGGCGGAGGAUUCCCUUCUAAAACCAAAAAUUUUAGUAGAAAAAGAGUGGGUAGAUUUACAUAAUUUUUGCAAUAAUUCUGGUAUUUCAUGAAACUAGAUUAUGAGUUGACAAUUCCGCAUAAAUCAAACUGAUCAGGGAUUUUUGUGUUCAGUAAGCCAUUUUUCAUCAAGCAUAGCGAGAUCUUAUUCAAGACUUGAGGCAUGUGACGUUGUCCGAUGUAUAAUAACAAUCUUACUAUCAAGAUCAAGGUCAAUAACUUGAAGGCUGUGCAAAGGCUAAAAAUAAACUUUCUUCUGGUGAUAUUUUUCAAAGAUUUUCGAUUUGUAUAUCAUCAAGGUAUCAAAAUGAGAAAGUUUUGUCAGGAAAACAUUUUUUUCCGAUCAUUACGUUUUUUAGAUAUGAGCGCCUAAAGUUUAAAUUUUUGGGACAGAACAUUUCAAAUUCGGUAAGAGAUAAAUCAAUGUGAUUUGAAGGAUUGAUUCUCCAUAGUAUUUUUGAUCUAGUAAAAUGAAAAUUAGUAAAAAAACAUCUAGUAAAAAAGUUAUUCAAUUCACUAAAAAUGGCCAAAAAUAACUUUUUGUUGAGUUAUUUUUGGUAAAUUGUAUAACUUUAUCAAAAAUUUACAUUAUCAGAAAAUUCUCAUUUCACUAGAUCUACAAUACCAUGAAGAAUCAAUCCUCCAAAACUCAUGGAUUUAUCUCUUACCGAAUUUGAAAUGCUCUGUUCCAAAAAUUUAAACUUUAGGCGCUCAUAUCUCAAAAAGUAAUGAUCGGAAAAAAAAUGUUUUCCUGAGAAAACUUUUUCAUUUUGAUAGCUUGAUGAUAUACAAAUCGAAAAACUUUGAAAAAUAUCACCAGUAGAAAGAUUAUUUUUAGCCUUUGCACAGCCUUAAAUUUACUUCUUCUUAAAACCUCUAUAUUGAUCAGUUAGUUGAGGAACAAGUUGACUCUCUCUAUAGUAUUUUUUGGAGGAUGUCUGAGAAAUAUUGAGUCCAUAAAGAUAGUCUUAGUUUCCAAGAAGUUAAGACCUACUGACUAGAACCAGCAGUAAUUUUACAAUCCAAAAUUAGCAGUUUGCCAUUUAGUUCUUGUAACUCAAUUGUUAUUGCAUUAAAGACUUGAUUUUGAUACAUUUCUUACUCGAAAUACCAAAUUGUAUUCAUUCGUACCAAUUUUUAUUCUUAUCUCUAGCAAGAUCAACUGAUCAGUUCAUCAAGUUUUUAUUGGUGACUUGCAGGUUUUAAAUUUUCUGUUUUGAUACUCAAAAUAAUUACUGAAAUUUCAGUCAUUUUGGUGUGAACGACUUCGUAUAACUUCAUCAAUUCCAAUGUUUCUUGAAGUUACCUUAUACUGUAAAUCAUUUACUGAUUGUGGAUAAGUUUUUUAAAUUGAAAUAUUUUUUG